AUAAAUAGUGUUUGAUUGUUUACCUUUUGUUUGCACUUGAAGACAAUCUGAUGAGAGAUUAACUUAAUUUUUUGAUUUUCUUUUCUAAUUGUUUGUUAAUUACAAUGAUGGAAAUUCGAUUAAUUGUUCUAUUCUUACUUUACCUGUUAAUUGUUCCAACACCAAUGUGCUCAAGUGGAUACAGGAGGAGAGGUCAAAGGUUUAUCCUUUCUCUCGGUGGUGGUCUUCUUGGAUGUAGACUUAAGACAGUGACGAUUCCUCUUCACUUUCCAAUUCUUCAUCAUGAUUAUCAUCAUCAUCAUAAUCACCAUAAUCAUCAUACACACCAUGGUGGUGGACAUCAUCAUCACUCCUCACACCAUCAUAAACCUGACCAUUGGUCAUCUCGUAAUGAUAUUAUACCAUUACAUGGUAAAUGGCAUUAUCCAAAUCAUUACAUUCAUCAUCCAUUAGUAUGGGUUUAGGACGAAGUGUUUUCCUUGAAAUGUCCAAAAUGAACUUUAAGAAAUAUUUAUUGGUUUUAAUUAGAUUGAUGGAGAAAAUGUAUUUUCUUUAAUUACCUUUUGUAAUCUUUCAAAUUGUUUAUCAUUAUUAUUAUUCUGUUAAAAUUAACUCUAAAAUAUAUAAACAUGUAAAUUUCCCGCUCCAAAGUGACCAGAGUUUGAUUACUUUUGGUACCAAUCAAUUUACUAUCACUGAUGUCACAAAGCCUUCAAUAGGUCACCUGUGGUCAAGAUAUUUUGAGAAUUGACCUAACCUUUAGAGUGGAAGAUAAAAUGUAUUGAUAAUUUGUUAAUUUUCACGAUAACUAUAAGUUCCAAGAGCCAACGAUUGAUUAAUCGAGCCAUAAUUUUAAUCUAACGAAGGUGAACAAUUUAAAUUGGACCAAUUAACUGGGAAUCUCAUCAAUUUUAUCAACUAUCUGUUGUUUAAUUUUCUUAAUUAUACUGGAAUCAACGACCGAUGCUCAUCAUUUUCAACGGCGAACAAAAAGUUUGUCCAAAUUUAUGUAUCGAAACUUAAAAGAGACCAAAUUGUUUCCGUUCCUCAAGAAGCAAAUUAAAAAGUACUCAAAGUAAUUAGAGACAUGAAACAA